AUGGAACUUCAACAAUCAGCAUCACCGUCCAACUGGUCCGUCCAAAACCGACUCUCCACCAAAACAGGAUCAGGCUUGUCUAGACUCUUGGACCGAUUGACUCUUGAAAGUCGAUCGCAACUUUUCCACCUUCCACGGCCCUUCAGACCGUCACGCUGUCGCCACGGCAGCAGCGCCGUUCUGACCGCAUUUACUUCGACGGGACUCGAGCCCAGACUCUUGGGGCUGCUUCCCAGUCCAGCUUUGUCGAGUCGCUGUCGGGGUGCAGAGGGGAACCACAAUGCCGACUGUGCAUGGAUCAUCAACAAAGGUGCUACAGUGUCCCUGAUCGACUCGAGCUCGCCUGGCAACAAGCUGGGAGGGCAAAAGUGGACAAUGGGCCUACCAAUCAGGAUUAAGCGAGGUCAUGGACUAAACAGCUCACCGAUUGUGUUCGAGCAGGCACUCUUCGUUGAAGCUCUUCGAUAUUGUCGUUGCCGUCGUCGUCGUCGUCGUCGUCGUCGUCGUCGUCGACAUUGGUUGGUCUCCGAGGUAACUGUCGGCAAAGUGUGUGUAUGUAUGUGUGUAUGUCUGUGUGGGAGGUUUAUGCGUUCAAGUGGGCCUCGUAGGAGUAUCGAGGAAGUCACAAGUCACAGGGAAAAGUACGUGUCGUGGAUGAGAACGCUUCAUCUCCUCCCCGCCGCGUGUCUAGGCAGUCUGGCGUCUCUGUUUUCGCCAAAUCUCCACAGGUCCAGUGACGAACUCAUGUCUCCUCCGGUUCUCACCGGCUUACAGGCGCUGUCAAAUCGAGGCUAUGCACGAAGACGAGCAAUCCAAUGGCUUCGGAGCACAAGUUGA